AUGUCAACUUCGGUAAACGAAAAUGAUAGCAGUCCAAAAAGAACAAGUCGACCUUCGUUAGCACUUUAUCGUCCUGGAAUGUUAAAAACGGGAACAGACAUUACUGGAAAUUUACGCAAAAACAUAGCCAAUUAUUCGAAUGAAAAGAAAAAUGGCUGCGAUAUUCAAUCGCUGAAACAGUCCACUCCAUCAAUUAGUGCUUCAGUCGAUGAUCCUCAUAUUUCAGUAAAACUUCAGCAAGACAAACAAUUUCAGCAAAGAAUUUCUUACAGAGGAGGCCAUUCAAAAUGGGGACGUCUUAAUGAACGAAAUUUCCAGGCUGGAUUAUACCGCAAAUAUGGUGAUAAUCGUGAUAUUAACAAAAAACGAGAAAAUUAUCGUGAAAAAGUUCAAAAUUAUUUUGGUGGCACUUUUCCAAGGCAACAAUCCAAGCGGCAUGAUGGAAAAAGCUAUUAUGAAUCAAACGAAUAUGGAAUAGAUUCACGCGCAUCUUCUCGUCGAAGCAGUAUCACAUAUUUAAAUGAACAAAAAGAUUCAUCGUUUCUGAAUGUACAAGAACGAAAUAGAAUGCAGAAUAACAGUUCAAGUCAGUCGCUUGCUGAACCCAAAAAACAACCAUUUUAUAAUUCUUCUCAAAAUUUGAAAUGGUCAAGAAAUGAAAUGACUCCGAAAGAUUGCGGAAAUCAGCGAAAUACUCCACGUUCGAACCAUCGAUACGCGAAAUGGAGUAGUGAUUGUAACGAGAAGUCGAACCUUGGUGAAGUGAGCAAAGCAAAAGAUAAUGAUCGCUGUACUAAUAAAUCUGCAGGACUUAAAGAGAAAAAGAAUGAUGAUUUAUGUGCCAUGUACGAAGGUUCAAUCGAUUUCAACUUCGAAUUUGAACAGGAUCAACGCAGAAGGGAAGCUGAAGAUCAGCAUCAAAAUUUGAAAAAAAUGGAUUAUUGUGAAGCCCAUGAAGAGAACCGAGGUCCGUCGACGUCAAGACGACCUAUGGUGUCUGGAAAAGAAGGCUAUCGCGAUGAAUAUGGUUAUGCAGAAGGUGGAAAUCGACAUGAUAACGAUAAAUCAAAUCGCAUGGUGCAAGAUGUAUCCAAGCGAACAAUUAUGAGAAAUGAAGAUAGGCAACAUCGUGAAAAUCAGCAUGAUAAAAAGCUUAGUGGCGAUAAACAUAGUGAUUUAUCCCCAACUACUGGCGAUUCUCGACAGCGGAAUGGAAAAAGUAAAAUAUUAAUAAAAAAGUGUGAAUCUCAUCAUGAGAAAUCAGUGGAUCAUAAUGAAUUUGACAGCGAAUUGUCUUCUUUAAUAAGCAGCCGUCCAGUGUCUAUUCUUCCGCUAAAUAUCUCAUCUCCAGUACGUUUGCUGAAAUCACAACAGUCAGAUCUCCGACCAUCCAAAUGGCUUAUACAUAACGAAAUUGCGAAUAAUGAAGGACAAAAAAUCCAUAUUUUAAAUGAAUCUAUAAAAUUAUUAUUAGAAAGGAUUAGUGAAUCAGCCGAUAUUAGUGCAGCAGAGGAAUUGCUGGAGAUCAGUUCGUCAUUGUCUGCUUUAUAUUUAUCAAUAUUGACUCGAGACAUUGAUUAUACAUUUCAAAUGAACUUGGAGCAGCAUUUAUGGAAACAGUGUUUCUAUAGUCCCAUAGAAGUUUUACGCACAGCUAGCAAUUCGACUGGCGAUGCAUCGAAAGCAUUUUGUAUCCAUCUUUCACAGCUUAUCAAGCAGGGCCUAUCAUUUUAUUCGCAAUUGUUAAAUAAAUAUGAAAUUACGUUUGGUUUCAUCGUCGAAGAUUUAUUAUAUUGGCCAGAAGGCCGGUCGUCCGAUGAUUUUGAUACAUGUGCUUGUGUUGGGACUGGUCCGAAGCUAGCAGCUGACAGGCUUACGAAGGUUGUAUAUCUGUCCACGCAGCGUUUAAUGUUAUCUAUCGGCGAUUUGGCUCGUUAUAAUACUAUGGUUAAUGGCUCAAAUGAUUAUUCUUCUGCUCAACUAUGGUACCUUAAAGCAUCGCAAUUAGCAUCUUCAAAUGGACGUUCGUACAACCAACUUGCUUUGCUUGCUGUCUAUACGAUCGUACAACGUAUGUCUAUGCGUUGUGCACGAGACGCACCAUUCAUUCGCAUUGGAUCAUUUAUAAAUGCGGCCAAAUGCCAUCAGAAGUCAAAAUGGGUCGAUGUGAUAUUCUAUUAUGUUCGAGCUCUCGCACUGCGAUGUCCAUUUGAAACAGCUCGUCAGUCCUUACUAACAGUAUUCAAUGAUAUGAAUAAGAAAAUAAAAGAAUACGAAAAGGAUUUGGAUGAAAAGUUGGGCAGCGAUUCAUUACGGGAGAAAUCUGAAACUGCAGCAUUGCGUGCUGGUCAUCCACAAGAAAUUUGGGUGUCAGCGAAUGGUCAUCGAACAAAAAGCGAUGAUUCGGACUUGGCUGAUGGUCAUAUGCACACGUUUGACUUGGAGCCUGUAGUUAAGCUUUAUCGAAGAACAGUGCCUUAUCUCUUGCAUACAGCUGGUCUUUUAAUUACGAAAAUUGGCAUGGAGGAUUUCGAAAAGAUCAGUGAUCGAACACUUUGCCAGUUAUGUUCAUUGCUAUCUCGUGAUCAUUGUCCACUUAACGCAACUCAGAUUGUACAAAUCGUGACGCAUUUUUUGUUCGCAGUGCAUAAUUUGACAUUGAAAAGUGCAGUUUUAUUGUUAUUCACCAGUUAUGUAGAUGCUGAUCCUGAUACUUGUUCUCUACAACAGCAGAAAGCUGUUCAAAUGGUUUUAAGUUUAUAUGGUGUUCUUCUGAAGCCAGUUGAAGAUAUUCUGGAUGUUCUUGAUUCUAUUUUGUGUGGUGAUAUCCCUUUGUCAUCUAAGGUUCGAAGAAUUUUACCUGCUGUUUUUAUAAUAUCUGAAUGGUUUUCGAUGCCAUCAGUUAAUAUGCUAUAUCGAUCUAUGCCUUCUUUGGAGCCACUAGAUACAUCGUUAAUUCGCAUAAACACAUGGAAAACACUAGCAAAGAUUGCAAAUCAUUUAAUUAAUGCAGAAGUAGAUGGAAAGCUGAUCCGCACAGUUUCGUCAACCAGCCCAGCAAAUGCUUAUCCAAGUGCAAUUGAAAUUGUCCUUCCCGAAAGCGUUUUUCUUGCUUCUUUUUUCAAUGUUUUUCCUACGGUACCGAAAGCGAUCAGAAUGUUGCGUUCACCAACAAAUGCUACUAAUGUGUCCGCAUCUCUUGCGAUGCAUGCACGACUUUCCGCCGUACUCUCAACAGCCGAGUAUUUGGAUGGAUCUGACCUUCACUGCUUUAAUUUCGAUGAAAAUUUGCACUGUUUUACAUCUACUUUAUCGUCACCUCUCUUUGAUAAACCUUCAGCUUUGGUCCAGAUUGAUUCUUCAUUAUCAGCUAAACGAACUGGGGAUAUUAUUUCACCGAUUGAUGACGAUAGUGAUUUGCUGGAUGAACAUAAACAGUUUAGAACAGCUGUUGAAGAAAAUAAAGUUAAAAUGGAAUUGUUUGAACGGGAAGUGGAAGAUCGCGUGGUUAUUGAAGUCCAUCCUCGUUAUUUAGUGCCUGAUACGAAUACAUUUAUUGAUCAUCUCGAAUCUAUCAUUCGAAUCGUUGAAUGUGGUAUGUAUGAAGUAUGCGUCACAACAACUGUGAUUUCGGAACUGAGUGGCCUUUCUCUACCUCUAGCGAGUAAACCGACAAUGUUCACUAUGAUUGAUGAAAACCAUGAGAAUUGGGUAGGUCGACGUGCUAAAGAAGCAAUGAAAUAUUUGCAUAAUGCAUCGGAAAAUCAUACAUCACAUAUUUGCACGGUUACUACCAAAGGAAGUCGUCUUCCAUCGUUAUGUUUCGCCGAAGAGCAAAAUUUUGUUUCUCGUGAGGAAAAGACUGUGAAUGAUGAUUUAAUCUUGGCAAGCUGCGUUCAGUUAAGCAGUAAGUUGCCAGUUGUUUCUUUCGGUAAUAACAAUGGUACAUCAAGUGAAACACAACGCAUUCAACGCAGUGUUGUUUUGCUAACCGAGGAUCGAGCCUUGAAAAUUAAGGCUAUUUGUGCAAACAUUCCUUGCAGGACCAUUCCAAGCUUUCUUAAAUGGGCUUCUCUAUCUUAA